CUCCUUUCCCGGCUCAAUUCGUCGCGUGCCUGGAGCGCCCAAAGCGAAUCAUGGCACUCUGGCGGGCAUACCAGCGAGUCCUGACCGUUCACCCGUGGAAAGUACAGGUCCUGACAGCUGGGUCCCUGAUGGGCCUGGGUGACACUAUCUCACAGCAGCUGGUGGAGAAGCGAGGUCUGCGGGGGCACCAGGCUGGCCGGACCCUGAUCAUGGUCUCCCUGGGCUGUGGCUUUGUGGGCCCUGUAGUAGGAGGCUGGUACAGGGUUUUGGACCGCCUCAUCCCCGGUACCACCAAGGUAGAUGCACUAAAGAAGAUGCUGUUGGAUCAGGGGGGCUUCGCCCCAUGUUUUCUGGGCUGUUUCCUCCCACUGGUAGGAGCACUCAAUGGCCUGUCAGCCCAAGACAACUGGGCCAAGCUACGGCGGGACUAUCCUGACGCCCUUGUCACCAACUACUACCUCUGGCCUGCUGUGCAGUUAGCCAACUUCUACCUGGUCCCCCUUCAUUACAGGUUGGCUGUUGUCCAGUGUGUCGCGGUCAUCUGGAACUCCUACCUGUCGUGGAAGGCCCACCGGCUCUAGGCUGGCCUCACCCCGGUGUCUGCGCGGGCGGUGCUGCAGCUUGACCCCAGCGCGGUCGCAUGGCCUCCCUGAAGUGGGCACAUCGCUUUUCCUGGGGUUCCGUGGCCACUCAGAACUUAAUGGGCUGAGCACCUGACUCCUUGUGAAUUCAUUACAACCUUUUUAAUGGUCUCAUCCCACCACAUGGUAGGCACUCCAUAAACACGUAUGGUCUCAUCCACUGUAGCUCACACCCGUAUCCCAGAGCGCCCUCGCCCCCACUCUUCACAGGUACAUCUGCUCUCUAACCUUCCCAGCCCAGCUGGAGCUCUGGCUCUUUGGGGGCCCCAAAGCCUUAUAUGGUGCCUCUGCAGAUCGGUUAUGUAUGUAUGUAGUGCGAAACCUGCUGAGGUGAUGUGGAGGGCCCAGCAGAAACCUGUGGGGCAGUCAGAAUUUCUAGAGCCGGAAAGAAGUCUAGAGACAACCAGUCCUGAUCUUCCUCUACGGAUGAGCACACUGGAGUCCACACAAGUGAGGUGACCUGUCCACACCACCGACCAGUGGCAGAGUGGAAACUGGAACCCACAUGCUAUAGAUAAAUGUUGGUGUCCCCACCAGAAUUCAUCUGUUGAAAAUCUAAUGCCCACGGUGAUGGCAUUAGGCGGUGGGGGCCUUCGGAGAUGAUUAGGUCAUGAGGGAUUCGUGCCCUUUUAAAACAGCCCCAGACAGAUCCCUCACCCCUCCCACCAUGUGGGGACACAACGAGAAGGUGCUGUCUAUGAAAGUUAGUGAGUGGCUUCUCACCCAGUACAUCUACCAGCGCCAUAGGCUUGGACCUCCCGGCUUCUAGAACUGUGAGAAAUAAAUGUUUGCUGUUUAUAA